ACACUAGAUGCAGAAGAGUUUUGUGGGUUUGUACUGAAGGUUUAAUGUACACAGGUUGUUUUAGGACUUGAUACCGUGACUAUUUCCUGUAAGUGAACUCUGUGCUGAUACAGGGUUUGAUUUAACACACCGAUGUCGGAGUGAAGUAAACGUGUGUCCUGCUCUAAUCUAGAGAAGGAGACAUGACCUCCAACAUGAGUGUGUCUGGAAAACAGGACUUAAAGAAAGACGAGAGAAUGAUAAAGGGAAAGAGAUCAGUCUCACCAGAACCCAGCUGUGUGUCCAUGAAGAGUGACUGGUCUAUGGAUCCUCCAAUUAACUUCAGAGACAGAGACAGUUCUACUGAUGUGAGACCACAAAAGAAGAAAUCAAACAUCACAAGAAAUCAGUUGGAGUCCAUAUUCAAGGAGCUGGAACACAAAGUCAUCACUCUGAUAAAGAAUGAGCUGAAGAGGUUUAGGAAGCUCCUGAGUCCAGAUUACCCAGCAUGCACUGAGAGGGAGGUGGAGGAUGAGGAGGAUCUGCACAGUGUCAGAGAGGGAGCGCUGAAGAUCACACUGCACAUCCUGAAGAACAUGAACCACACAGAUCUCGCUAACACACUGCACAACAAGUGUGUGGCCUCUGUGUAUCAGCCAAAGUUGAAAUCCAACCUGAGAGAGAAGUUUAAAAGAAUUAAUGAAGGAAUCUCACAGCAUGGAAGCUCAGCACUUCUGGAUGAGAUCUACACAGAGCUCUACAUCACAGAGGGUUGGAGUGGAGACGUCAAUAAUGAACAUGAGGUGAGACAGAUUGAGACAGCAUCCAGGAGACCAGCAACACAGGAGACACCCAUCAAAUGUAAUGACCUCUUUAAAGACAAGUCCAUCAGAACUGUGCUGACUAAAGGAGUUGCUGGAAUUGGAAAAACAGUCUCUGUGCAGAAGUUCAUUCUGGACUGGGCUGAAGGAAAAGCAAAUCAGGACGUCUUCUUCAUGUUUCCACUUCCCUUUAGAGAGCUGAAUUUGAUGAAGCAGGAAAAUCUCAGUCUGCUGAAUCUUCUUCAUCACUUUUUCCCAGAAAUGAGAAAACUACAAUUAAUAGACUCCUACAAAGUGGUGUUGAUCUUUGAUGGUCUGGAUGAGUGUCGACUUCCUCUAAAUUUCCAGAACAAUGAGAGAUUGUGUGAUGUGACAGAGUCAGUCUCAGUGGAUGUGCUGCUGACAAACCUCAUCAAGGGGAAUCUGCUUCCCUCUGCUCUCCUCUGGAUAACCUCUCGACCAGGAGCAGCCAAUCAGAUCCCUCCUGAGUGUGUAGACCAGGUAACAGAGGUACGAGGGUUCAGUGAUCCUCAGAAAGAGGAGUACUUCAGGAAGAGGAUCAGUGAUCAGAGCCUGGCCAAUAAAAUCAUCACACACAUGAAGUCUUCAAGAAGCCUCUACAUCAUGUGCCACAUCCCAGUCUUCUGCUGGAUUUCAGCCACUGUUCUAGAGAGAAUGUUGGGUGAAGCAGAGAGUGGAGAGAUCCCCAAGACUCUGACUCAAAUGUUCACACACUUCCUGAUCUUUCAGAUCAAACACAAGGACCAAAAGUACCAUCAGAGAUGUGACCCUCAUCCUGAACAGACCAGAGAGAGUAUCCUGGCACUGGGAAAACUGGCUUUCCAACAGCUGGAGAAAGGAAACCUGAUCUUCUAUGAGGAAGACCUGAGAGAGUGUGGCAUUGAUGUCAGAGAAGUGUCAGUGUACUCAGGAGUGUGUACCCAAAUCUUCAGAGAGGAGUUUGGGCUACACCUGGGGAAGGUGUUCAGCUUUGUACAUCUGAGUGUUCAGGAGUUUCUGGCUGCUUUAUACGCAUUUCUCUGCAUUAUUUUUAGAAAAACAAAUGUGGUAGUGAAACAAAGCACUGGACUGUUUAAUUUCUUCAGAAAUCCAAACAUGUCUGAUUUCCUCAGGAGUGCAGUGGCUAAGGCCUUACAGAGUGAGAAUGGACACUUGGACCUCUUCCUCCGCUUCCUUCUGGGUCUCUCACUGGAGUCCAAUCAGACUCUCUUACAAGGCUUAAUGCCACAGACAGGAAGCAGCUCUCACAGCGAACAGGAAACAGUCGAGUACAUCAAGGAGAAGAUCAGGGAGAAUCCAUCUCCAGAGAAAUCCAUCAAUCUGUUCCACUGUCUGAAUGAACUGAAUGAUCAUUCUCUAGUGCAGGAAGUACAAACUUACCUGAACAGAGGAGGUUACAGAUGUCUCAGUGGAACCAGACUCUCUCCUGCACAGUGGUCAGCUCUGGUGUUUGUGUUACUGAACUCAGAACAGGAGCUGGAUGAGUUUAAUUUGAGGAAAUAUGACCCAUCAGAGGAAGGUCUUCUGAGGCUGCUGCCAAUGGUCAAAGCCUCCAGAAAAGCUGAGCUGCGUGAGUGUAAUCUGACAGAGGAAAGCUGUAGAGUUCUGUCCUCAGUUCUCAGCUCAAACUCCUCCAGUCUGAGAGAACUGGACCUGAGUAACAAUAACCUGCAGAAUUCAGGAGUGAAGCUGCUCUCUGCUGGACUGGAGAAUCCACACUGUACACUGGAGAUACUGAGGCUGUGGGGGUGUAAACUGACAGAGGAAAGCUGUAGAGUUCUGUCCUCAGUUCUCAGCUCAACCUCCUCCAGUCUGAGAGAACUGGACCUGAGUUACAAUAAACUGCAGGAUUCAGGAGUGAAGCUGCUCUCUGCUGGACUGGAGAAUCCACACUGUACACUGGAGAUACUGAGGCUGCGUGAGUGUAAUCUGACAGAGGAAAGCUGUAGAGUUCUGUCCUCAGUUCUCAGCUCAAACUCCUCCAGUCUGAGAGAACUGGACCUGAGUUACAAUAAACUGCAGGAUUCAGGAGUGAAGCUGCUCUCUGCUGGACUGGAGAAUCCACACUGUAGACUGGAGAAACUGAGGUACACACACACACACGCAUACACGCGUGUUUUAUGUAGCUGUACGUUUUAGAAUAUGAUUUAAAUGUUUGUAAGAAACUGAAAUGUAUUUGUGAGAAUCAGACUUACUUUCUAGAUUAAUUCUAUAUCACGAAUAAAUAAAAACUGUUCUUAUGAAUUGUAAUUAUAGCUGUUUAGAUAUUGUAUCUCUGCUAGAGUUGUAACACAGUGCUAUUAUCUGUAUCUGUUUAGAGCUCAAACUGUUUUCAUAUUCGGAUUUCAACAGCAAGUGGGCGUGGUCUGUACCAGAGGGUUUUUCAUGUGAACUCUAUCACUUUGCCCUGAAAAAAGAAAAAAGAAAAAAAAAAAGAAAAAAUUUUUCAUUCACAAAUUAGAACACCUUUAUUUAUUUAUUUGUUUGUUUGUUUUUGUUUCAAUUAUAUAACUUUAUUCAUCUCCUGAAUCAAACUUUCCAUGGAACUUUCUGGAAAGUUUUCUAUCUUCUAUCUAGUGUGACUGAGUAAAAAAGCUAACUAUGUUUCAAAACAACAAUCUCUUUCCGAAAUCAAGAAACUGUUAUUUACCGUUGACAACAUCAGCCACCUAAUAAUAUUUGAUCAGAUUUACUUUAGCUUUUGUGUUACAUUCCAGAAAGUUCAGAAAAGUUCACUGGAUACGCUAUCAGAAUCUGUUAUAAAGCUGGACAUGGUACCGGCUCCAUGAGGACAGAUAACAUCAGAGAAAUUGGCUUAUUGACCUCACUGUAAACUAUGACUAGUUGUACUGGCCUCGUUGAACCCACAUUCAAUUGUCCAGCAAGUUAAACACCUUCACACAAUAACUCUCGGAACCACGAGGUGAUGUUGAGAGUGUAACUUUAUCACAUGAAUGGUGUGAAACUGAAAAUACAAAUACAUACACUGAUAAGUUGCAUAUUCUAUAACAAUUUUCAAUAUUGUGUAUGAGCAUAACCAAUGCUUAUAGUGACUGCUCAACUCAACCAACGAAUUCACUAUACUUUCAAAAAUAUGAUAUUAACUUUAUAAAAUAAUAUCACAUGUGAAAGAUGAGAAAAUAUGCACCGUAUUGGCAAGCAUAAGCAUGCCAUUCUAAAUAACAUCAAAUAUGCAUCUUUAACUACACAAAAUGGACUGAACACAAUCAUGAGUAAUGACAAACAAGAUGACUUACAGGGAAUGCCUUAUUAAUAACUUUGAACGGAGGAUGUCUUUGGAUUAAUGCACGCCCAAAACAUGAACAGUCUCUGCCUCUG